GCCAGGUGUCUUAAGUAGUGAGAGAUGGGAAGUUUCAUAGGGGUUAAUUUAUUAAAUUUAUUAAACUUAUAAUAUCUUAUUAAUAAAUAUCUAAUUCUUUUCAUAACUAUUAAAGAAAAGACAAAUAUGAAGUUAUUAUAUAAUAUACUAUUGUUAUAUGUAUUCCUACCAUCAUUGGUAUGGGCUACAGAUUUGAAUCCAAAUUGGAAUACUUUAUAUUCAUUUACAGAUGGUAAAAUAUACUUACAUCUUAAAAAUAAUGAUUUAGUUAGUUUGAACUUUUCAAUCAGUGGAUUCGAUAAGCAAAGUCCUUCUGAUAUAAAUCUAUUAAAUAAUCAACCAAUUGAUACUUUAGCUUCACCACCUCUUAAUUCAACAUUAUUCAUAUUUAAUGAACAAUUAUAUGGAUUAACUUCUAAUAUUUCUUCCAUAGGUUCUAAUAUAGAUAAAUGUGGAAAUGGACUAAUUAAAUUUAUAAAGUUUGAUAAUGGUCAAUGGAUAGAUGUGAUAGAAAACAUCGAGUUCAAUGGUGUUAAUGAUGGUUCAUUUUAUGAAUAUCCAACUAUUUUAAAUUCUCCACUUGAAAAUUCAACUAUCUAUAUUUAUGGAGGUAUUUGUUCAGAAAAUGAUCAAGUCUCAUCAAGAUUAAUAUCGUUUGAUUUUGAUCAAGAAACUGUAUCAAAUAUAACCACAUCUACCAAACCACAACCAUUCUAUGGAGCCACAAAUUUAAUUGCUCCUAAUCCUCAAACACAAUUAGUUAUUGGAGGUCAAAAUAGUCAAGGUUGGUUAAACAUGUAUCAAUUAGCUACAUGGAAUUUUAAUUCUGGUUGGUCAUUUCAGCAAAUCAGUAAUGAUGGAAGUGGAACAUUAGUUAAUUCAAGAAAGUUUGCUUUGGCAUUACCAAUUUUUAAUCAAUUAAAUAAUGAUUCAGCAAAUACCUUUGAAAAUGAUUUCCAAGUUAAUGAAAUUUUACUUGUGGGUGGGCAAUUACUUGAAUCUGAUUCAACUCCCAUUUUUGCAAAAUUAAUAACUAGCUCAAAUGAUUGGGUUUGGAAUACAACUAUAAAUGUUACUUUGAAUUAUGAUGAAAUUUUAGGAGCUGCAACCAUUUUUAACACAUUGGUUGUUAUUAAUUCUACUACUACUUCCACCACUUCUUCUGGUAAAAGAGAUGAUUCUGAUCAAUAUACUAUUAGUUUAUAUGAUGCUUCAUCCUUUGCUCCUAUCAAUAACCUUAAGACAAAUGUAAAUUCUGGAACCAGUAGCUCUGGAACAUCAAGUAAAUCAUCAAGUUCGACGUCAGGAAAGACUACAAAGAUUGUCAUUGGAAUACUUGUCCCUAUAAUUGCCCUUUUAAUCGCUGCUUGUGUUACAUUCUAUAUUUUAAGAAAAAGAAAACAACAACAAGAUGAGGAUGAUAUGAAUACAUUGAAUUAUAGCAUUCCAGCUCCAUUCUUUGGCAGUGGUACUGAUCAUGAAUCAAUGUUAAUGAAUGAGAAAGCUAGAAGAAAAUCAUCAAUUGACUCUAACUCCACCUUAGAUGCUGCUUCUUUUGAUUCAUGGAUGAAGAAAAGAGAAGAGUUUGAUAGACAACAUCUUUCCCAGGGUCAAUAUCCAAAUAAUCAUCAACAACAUUAUCAAAAUGUUAGAAAUAGUUAUCUUGCAUCAAAUGAGACUUUAAAUCCUGAUAUUAAUGGUUCUAAUGAUGAGAUUCACGUUCAACCAAAUAAUCCAGUACCAAUAAUCUAUAAUAACAAUACUUUAAAUCAACCACAUACUAAUAGUUUGACAAAAUCAACUGUUUCAAAAUUAAGGAAAUCAUUAUCCUUCAGUAAUUAUAAUAAUAAUUCUUCUUCCACCACACUUGAAAAAGCUCCUUCAAUGCCUGUUCUUAUAAGUAGAAAUAAUACUGGUAGUGGAGAAUAUAUGAGAUUAAAGAAAAAGAGAAGUAAUCCUAAAUUAAUGUCUUUAAGAUUGACAAGUUCGGAGCAAUUAAUACCAUCAUAUGAAAUAACAGAUGAAAUGGACGAAGUAGAUUUAUCUGAAGUUCCAGAAGAAGAAGAAUAUUACAAACAACAAAAACAGCAAUAUAUUCAAGAUUCUCGAUCAAUUACUAGUCAUGAAUCGGAUGCUUCUGCAUAUAAUAAAAUGGAUGUACAAGUAUUGGUUAGUUCCAAAAGAAGAUCUAUAUUAAGGGUUGCCAAUCCUGAUGUUAUGAGUCAUAAUGAAUAUUCUAUACCCGAAGGCAUUGAAUAUGAGGGGCAGAAUGAAGAAGAAGAAGAUAUUGCUACUGAUAUACAGUCUCAACUUACCAAUCCUUUUACUGAUAGUAAUGUCGAAAUGAGACAGAGAGUACCAUCUGGUGGAAGUCAAUCAGACAAUGAAGAUCAAGACAAUUCCCGUAAUAACUAGAAGCUUUAAAGCAUAUAUAUGUAGUAGUAUGUAAUAAUAUAGAUUAAAGUUAAGUUAAAAAGAGGGGUCGUAGCGCCACUUUCUUGGCAAAACACUAUAAAAGUUAAUUUGGCUGCGAAAUAAAAA